AUCCUAGAACUUACCACCAGGAUCACUGAGCUGCUGAGCGGAGAGGUUCCUAUAAGGUGUCAGGAUGUCACUGUCUAUUUCUCCAUGGAGGAGUGGGAGUAUUUAGAAGAACACAAGGAUCUGUACAAGGACAUCAUGAUGGAGAAUCCCCAGUCCCUCACAUCACCGGAUGGAUCCAGUCAGAGAAAUCCACCAGAGAUCUGUCCCAGUCCUCUGUAUUCCCAGGACUGUCCAGAGGAGAAACCAAAUAUCCCACUGGAUCAUCAGGAAAGUUAUGGCGGAAUGACGAAUGAACUUGAAAAAUCUGCAUCUAUUUCAGUGAAAGUUGAGGACACAAAAGAUUUCCACGGACAUCUCCUUUCAUCUGAAAAAGUAGAAGAUAACAAUGUCACACCAGCUAAUUUACCCUUAGACUUCACAGCAGAGAUCCAUCUACCGAUACCGUUGGUCACAAGAAUUAUGUCUAAUCAAUCACAGAGUCACUCUAAUGAAGCUUUGCAUGAAAUAAUUCACAGAGAUGAAAGACCACUUUCAAUUCAGAAUGUGGAGAGUAUUUUAGUCAGAAAUCAAAUCUUGUGGAGCCUCAAAGACCCUCCCACAGGAGAGAAGCCAUUUCCAUGUUCACAAUGUGAGAAGUGUUUUAGGAAGAAAUCCUAUCUUGUGAAAACAUCUAAGAGUUCACACAGGAGAGAAGCCGUUUUCGUGUACAGAAUGUGGAAAUGUUUUUAGCCAGAAAACAAACCUUAUGGAACAUUCAAAAUUCACACAGGUCAAAAACCAUUUUCAUGUUCCGAAUGUGGCAAAAGUUUUUUGCAAAAGAUCUGCUCUUGUUAAGCAUGAGAGAACUCAUGUAGGAGAGAAGCCAUUUUCAUGUCCAGAAUGUGGGAAAUGUUUCAGUCGGAAUCAAUGUGGUAGAACAUCUAAGAGUUCACACAGGAGAGAAGCCGUUUUCAUGUCCUGAUUGUGGGAAAUGUUUUGGGCAGAAAAUCGGCUCUUGUUACUCAUCAAAGAACUCACACUGAGAAGAAGCCAUAUUCAUGUCCUGAAUGUGGGAAACGUUUCCGUCAAAAAUCCCAUAUUGUUUAAACAUCAUCAGAGAGCUCACACAGGAGAGAAGCCAUUUUCAUGUCGGAAUGUGGAAAAUGUUUUAGUUCCCAAGAAAAUCUUGUGAACAUCGAAAAAUUCACACAGGGGAGAAGCCGUUUUCAUGUUCAGCAUGUGGGAAAUGUUUUGGUCGCAAAUCGGUUCUUGUCGAACAUCUGAGGACUCACACAGGGGAGACACCAAUUUCUUGUCCUGAAUGCGGGAAUGUUUUAGUCAGAAAAGAAAUCUUGUAAAACAUCGAAUAAUCACACAGGGGAGAAGCCGUAUGCAUGUUCAGAAUGCGGGAAAGGUUUUAUCGACAAAUCAUUUCUUGUUGAACAUGAGAGAACUCACACAGGGGAGAAGCCGCUUUCGUGUCCUGAAUGCGGGAAAUGUUUUGCCCAUAAAUCAGCUCUUAAUAGGCAUAAGAGAAUUCACACAGGAGAGAAUCAGUUUUCAUGUCCUGAUGUGGCAAAUGUUUUAGUCACUAAUCAAGUCGUAUGGGACAUCUAAGGGCUCAACAGAAGAGAAGCCGUUGUCAUGUUCAGAAUGUGGGAAAUGUUUUGGUUGGAAUCGGUUAUGUUGAAAUUAGAGAACUCACACAGGAGAGAAUCUAUUUUCAUGUCCUGUUGUGGGAGAUAUUUUGACAGAAAAAAAAGCUUAUGAAAACACUAAGAGUUCCCACAGGAGAGACACCAUCUUCAUGUUCUGAAUGUGGCAAUGUUUUAGCCACAGAGCAGGUUUGGCCAAAGAUCAGAGAACUCACACAGGGGAAAUGUAAGAACUGUUGCAG